UUGCAGUAUAGAAUCCUUUUUAGAGCGUGGAAAGAUUUCCGUCCAUUGACAGAAUGGAAGAGAGAUGUUGAUACGAUAGUUGACUUGUUCACAAGAACAAAGGAGCCAGUUAACUUUGUAGCAUGGUAUAUUGCUGAGCCAGACCAUGCUUUGCAUGUCAACGGCUACUAUAACUUCGAAUUUGAAAAAAUGCUUAGCCAGCUUGAUAACCUAUUUGGGUACUUUCUAGAAAAAAUGGAUAGGGCUGGUCUGACUAAUGAAGUCAAUAUUAUUUUCACGGCAGACCAUGGACACACGCAGGUUUGA